CGCGCUCGCUCACUCCGCUUCCCCGCCCCUUAUCCUGAGGCCGGCGCCGUUCGUUCCCGUGCACCGCCACCGCAAACCCCGUGCUCGAUCGGCCGCGGACCAGGCAGGAUGGUCAGCGAGCAAGCGCCGGCGGCGGAGGUGGAGAAGAGCGAGGCGGCGGCGCCCGCGGAGGCCGCGCCCAAGGCUGAGCAGCCUGCGGAGGACGAGGCGCCGGUCGUCGAGGACGUCAAGGAGGACGAGGACGAUGACGACGAGGAUGAAGAUGACGACGACGACGACGACGACGCUGGUGAAGGUGAGCUUGGUGCAGGGGCAACCGAGGGCUCCAAGCAGAGCCGGAGCGAGAAGAAGAGCCGCAAGGCCAUGAUGAAGCUCGGAAUGAAACCCGUCACCGGCGUCAGCAGGAUAACCAUCAAGAGAGCCAAGAACAUACUGUUCGUGGUGUCGAAGCCUGACGUCUUCAAGAGCCCGACGUCGGAGACGUACGUGAUAUUCGGCGAGGCCAAGAUAGAGGACCUGAGCUCGCAGCUGCAAGCCCAGGCCGCGCAGCAGUUCAGGAUGCAGGACCUCAGCAAGGUGAUGGCCAAGCAGGACGCGGCGGCGGCGGCGGCGGCGGCAGACGAGGAGGAGGAGGUGGACGAGACCGGGAUAGAGCCCCGCGACAUCGACCUCGUCAUGACGCAGGCCAGCGUGCCGAGGGCCAAGGCCGUCAAGGCUCUCAAGGCGCACGACGGCGACAUCGUCAGCGCCAUCAUGGAGCUCACGGCCUGAUACCAUUUGCCUUCGUUUGCUGGUACUGCUGCUGCUUCGUCGUCAGAAAACACCCGGUGGAGUCAGAUGCAUCGUGUGUGUCGCCGUUCAAUUUUGAGAUUUGAAUAAGAUGUUUUGUUUGUUCACCUUAAGGACGUUGUGAUCAUGUCAGUUUCCAGAUUAGUGUCAUCUUCAAGUUGUUAAUCGAAUUCUAGUAUAUUUCUAGACGAGUCUAAAUGCCAUUGCAAAGAUGACAGUUUUGAUCGUGCAUGUUACUACACGGAAUGUGAGAACGUGAGAUGCUGUAAGCAGUAACUAAGCACUGAAUUCAUAGAAAGACAACAUAGAUAUCAUUAUUGUAAAUUUAUUGGAUCAA